UGCGCAUGCGUAACAGAACAUGUGGGCAUUGCGGGAAACAAAACAGAAAAACAACAUCUAAUUUUUAAUGUAAUUAAAGCAGUAUACCCUUUCUAACACCAGCUUCAACACAGAAAAUUACAUUUGCCCUAUACAAAUUAUCCGGAACACAGUUUAUCCAUUCUGUGACUGCCAUGUCUUGACGGUAAAUGCCAGCAUCCCACUGGCUCCUACAUUGAGUUUUUUUGUUGCAAAGCCUAUCACAGUGAAGAUACAGCAAUAAAAAAACCAUGGCUUCAGAAGGAUCAGCUAAAAACGAGCCAGCUGACGUUAAACCUCCAUUGACGAGUCAGUCAGAAAUGAGCAGUAUUUCUACCAGCCUUCCUGCCAGCACCGCGUCCUCCACCACUCCUAAGUCAACUUCUCAAUCAUUGAAGCCCAAUUACUCCUUGAAAUUUACACUUGCUGGACAUACCAAAGCGGUCUCAUCAGUGAAGUUCAGCCCCAGCGGAGAAUGGCUUGCGAGUUCCUCUGCGGACAAACUCAUAAAGAUCUGGGGAGCGUAUGAUGGGAAGUUUGAGAAAACUAUCAGCGGACAUAAACUGGGAAUCUCAGACGUGUCCUGGUCAACGGACAGUAAACUGUUGUGCAGUGCAUCGGACGAUAAAACACUGAAAAUCUGGGACUUCGCAUCCGGUAAAUGUAUGAAGACACUGAAGGGCCACAGUAACUAUGUAUUUUGCUCUAACUUCAACCCCCAGUCCAACCUGAUUGUUUCAGGAUCGUUUGAUGAGAGUGUUCGUAUCUGGGACGUGAAGACGGGCAAGUGUUUAAAGACUCUCCCAGCCCACUCUGACCCUGUCACAGCCGUACAUUUCAACAGAGAUGGCUCUCUUAUAGUCUCCAGUAGUUAUGAUGGGCUCUGUCGCAUAUGGGACACGGCGUCAGGCCAGUGUUUAAAGACGCUAAUAGAUGACGACAACCCACCAGUCUCCUUUGUAAAAUUCUCACCAAACGGCAAAUAUAUCCUCGCUGCCACACUUGAUAACACACUCAAGUUAUGGGAUUACAGCAAAGGAAAG